UAAAUAGAAUCUUCCUUUUGAACACAUUCAAAGAACAUGAAAAUUUGGUCCUAAUCGGCUGAUGUGUCUCAUUUUUCAGUACAUCUACUGGAAACCUCUCGACAUAAAAUAUUUCAACGUCGAAAAUCUUUACUACUUCGUGAAYGAUCACACGUGCAGAGUACAAUAAACAAGCGUGUGUUCAUWAUGAUUUGGAUCUUUUCUCGUUUCUAUGCAAUUUUGUCCUAGAAAAAAUCUUAUCAAACUCCCUAUUUUCGUUUCUGUACGAGAAACUUCUCGAACUGUCAAACAUUGCGACAUAAUCAACUGGUUUGUAAAUUCCCUCCCACAGUUUUUGGUCAACACUCAUUUCAACAACAUCUUUCGAAUAUUUCAAGUGAGUAGUAUAUGAAGAAUCUUUCAAAACAAAUAUAAUCCCCGUUUUGUGUCUGACGGCUUCGGAAAAUGAUGCAUCCCGUUGCCUUGCGUUCGCACCAUUGAGGGAUCUUCAUAUGUGUCGUGUAGAAGGAUCUAAAUAUCGAGAAAUUGUCAAAUUAACUACGCCGAGACUGGAMUGUUCGUUACAUACAACGAAAUGCCGAGGACACUCACGGUUUCUUUCCUAUUCUUUUCCAUCUUCCUAUGUUUUCCAUAUCUAGAAUGCGCUUUGAACUCGCUGCUCUCGCUCUCAUUGCAAAAGGAGUUUCUUCGGAUGCCAAAGCCAGUGUUUUGGAUACGUCUCCAAGCGACAACCAAAAAAGAAACCACAAAAAUGAUGGUGCGGAGUUGAAAUCUUCCGAGCAAACCUCUUCRCUCCCUGUCUUCACUCACGGGAAUUUGAAGGGCAAACUGUCCUCCACGCAUACCAUCAGCGCRAAAGAAUUGCGUAACCUCAAUCCGAACGCGGACAGGAUAGUUGCGUUGUCUGAAGAUGAUUCAGAAGAAUUUAAGAUCUGCAGCAACGAGGAAAUCGGUAUCCUCCACGCUGCCUGUUCGUCUCCCRACGAAAGUUGUGUUCCCCUGAGACGUUUUGUCGCAGGAAAUCCAUCWACUCGUCUCCACGAAAACGAAAGACAAGAAGUAGGGGUAUGUCUCCCUACCUCCCAACUUAACGACUCGAGUUACGAAKCAAUUUCUUAUGAUCGCAAUCUACAGGUGUUGGAUUGCGAUUCRGUUUGUGGCUCCGAUCGAAAGAAGAUUUAUGAAGAUGGCGAGGMUUUCCAAAGCCUCAUCGCCSAAGCCCAAUCUGAACCGGAUUUAAUYAAUUGCUGGGACACAUCAGAGGUCACCAAUAUGACGAGAGCCUUUUUUGACCUGAAAAGCUUCAACAGCGCUUUGGAAUGCUGGGACACGAGCAACGUCGAAGCAAUGAACGGCAUGUUUGGYGGUGCAACCUCAUUCAACAUGCCCAUCGGAAAUUGGGACACAUCCAAAGUGACGAACAUGGAAGCUAUGUUCUACAUGGCRAACGAGUUCAACCAGCCUCUCGGAGACUGGGACACGGGGCAGGUUACGAGCAUGUAUGCCAUGUUUGCUCUUGCGAACAAGUUCAAUCAGCCAAUCRAAGAUUGGAAUGUGUCGAAUGUUUAUGACAUGGCCUCGAUGUUUUUUGUGCUCCUCUAUGGUUCCUAUUUCAACCAAAAGCUAGACAGCUGGGAUGUGUCGAGUGUGUACUACAUGCAAUCCAUGUUUUCUGGUGCGAAYAGCUUCAACCAGUGCCUUGGAACAUGGGGUUCUAAAACCCCCGAAUCAGUAGGCACGGAGUACAUGUUGUAUGGGACGGCUUGCCCCCUUGGCGACGGARACCCCAACCCUUCUGUCGGACCGUGGUGCCAGGGAAGCCAGGACGAGUGCUUCGAUUUKGAGGCGUGUGUCGACGAUGAGGAAUUUUCUUUCWCCAACAAGGGUCAAGAAUACAAAUGCACCAACAUGCCUGGCAAAUUCUGCAAGAAGAAAACUGUUGCCUCAAACUGUCCCUCUAAGUGCAGUUUAGCAUGCAAGUGUGAAGACAAGAAAAAGUACAAGAUCAAGGGAGAGGGCAAAUUUYUMUGUGCARARGUCGAAGAKGAUGMCAAUCCCACAUGCAACGACGAGAUUAAACCAGGCCUUAUGGUCCGUGAUGAGUGUCCAAAAGCAUGYGAAAGCUGUUUGCUUCCCCAGUAGUCGYAGAUGUAGAGCAAACGUGAUCUUGCAUGGAAAAAGUAGAAAAAAUGGUGUUAAUCAGAUAUUUUAUUAGAAGUAACAUAAUCAUGUUCGAUGCAAAUAUUGUAAUCACGACUAAGCCCCACAUCAGACACGGGUCCUGAGUAGCAACACACACAGCUUGUUCACAUUUAUGCUGCCAGAUAUCUUCAUGGACAGAUCAACAUGCCCACGAAAUCACAAGUGAAAAAUUUAACAAUUUUAAAAUCAAAUCAAGCAAGACCA